UGGAGUGUGAAGCGGUAGAAAGAGGAAUGUCGUUAUAAAACCUCAGUUUCAAUAUUAUAAUCCUGUUCCGUUUGAUCUUCAAAGGUGGUAAUGCUCAAUUUGGAGCUCACUCAUCUGUAGACGUCAGGAUAUUUUAAAAGCGCGCGUUGUCAUUUAUUUUCAGGGCUUCAAGUGACUUUACAAUAAGGAAGAAUCAAAACGCUGUCAUCCAGAAGAAUAUUCCAGCAAAAUGGUUGAACCUGUAGGCAAUCAUUAUGUUGUGGCACGGCCAGUGUAUUCAGACCAAUCGUUUGAUGAAGAGCAUCAGAAGGUCCAUAGAUAUCAUAAAAACUUUGUGGAUCACCUCAGAGUAUGCUUUAGCUGCACUCCGCAGAAGGCAAAAAAAGUUGCUCUUAAUUUGUUUCCUAUCGUCUCCUGGCUCCCUGCAUAUCACUUUAAGGACUGGAUCCUCAAUGACAUUGUUUCGGGAAUUAGCACAGGACUUGUUGCUGUCUUACAAGGUCUAGCAUUUGCUUUGCUGGUGAAUAUACCUCCAGGCUAUGGACUGUAUGCUGCCUUUUUCCCAGUAGUUAUAUAUUUUUUCUUUGGCACUUCCAGACAUAUUUCCGUUGGUCCUUUUCCUGUCUUGAGCUUGAUGGUAGGAGGAGCAGUUUUAAGGGUAGUCCCAGAUACACCUGAUAACAACAGCACGCUAACAAACAGUUCAUUGAUUGAUCAGAAAAGAGUCAUGGUGGCAGCAUCUGUGACUGUUCUUGCUGGCAUUAUUCAGCUGUUGUUGGGUGUCCUACGAAUAGGUUUCAUAGUUAUUUAUUUAUCUCAGUCAUUAAUAAGUGGAUUCACUACAGCCGCAGCUAUCCAUGUGGUAAUGUCUCAGCUGAAAUUCAUAUUUCAACUUCCAGUUCCUGGAUAUAAUACACCACUGGGAAUUAUUUGGACACUUAGAGAUGUAUUUAGUCAGAUAACGGACACAAACAUUGCAGAUCUCGUCACAUCACUUAUCAUCUUGGUCGUCGUAUUCGCAUUCAAAGAACUAAAUGAACGUUUUAAAGCCAAGCUCCCAGCACCUAUUCCCAUUGAACUCAUUGUGACAGUCAUAGCUGCUGGGCUAUCCUAUGCCUUCGAUUUCAAAAACAAAUAUAAUGUAGCUGUUGUUGGAAACCUGGAGAAGGGGUUCCAGGCUCCUGUUUCACCGGAUAUGAGUAUCCUCCAAAGCUGUGUGGGUGAUGGUUUCUCCAUUGCCAUUGUUGGCUUUGCUGUAGCCUUUUCAGUGGCUAAAGUAUAUUCCAUCAAGCACGACUACCCCAUCGAUGCCAAUCAGGAAUUAAUUGCCUUUGGAAUAAGCAAUAUCUUUGGCGGUUCAUUCAAAGGAUUUGCUGCAAGCACUUCACUGUCAAGGUCUGGUGUACAGGAGAGCACAGGAGGUAAAACACAGAUUGCUGGAUUCCUCUCAGCCAUCAUUGUCUUGAUUGUCAUCCUUGCCAUCGGUCAUCUCUUGGAACCACUGCAGAAGUCAGUCCUUGCAGCUCUGGCUCUUGGCAAUUUAAAAGGAAUGCUGAUGCAGUUCAAAGAGAUAGGAGUUUUGUGGAAAAAGGACAAGUAUGACUGUUUCAUCUGGGUAGUGACGUUCCUAGCUGCUAUUUUACUGGGGUUGGAUCUUGGACUAGCAGCUGGACUAGGAUUUGAACUCCUGACUGUUAUAUUCCGUGCGCAGUUUCCAAAGUGCACACUUCUGGCCAAUAUUGGAAGAAAGGACAUCUACAGAAACAGAAAAGAUUACACAGAUAUAUAUGAGCCAGAGGGAGUGAAGAUCUUCAGGUGUCCAUCCCCAAUCUUCUUUGCUAAUAUUGACUUCUUCAAGGAUAAAUUGACUGCAGCUGUUGGCUUUAAACCACUGAGAGUGCUGCGCAAGCGCAACAAAGCUCUGAGAAAAAUCAGAAGGAUGCUGAAGAAAGGAGAGCUUCAAGUGACACCUAAAGGUUUUCUUUGCACUGUUAAUGCUGUAAAUGAUUCAGAUGAAGAACUGGACAACAACCACAUUGAAGAACUGGAUCAGCCCACAAAUACCAAAGACUUGCCAAUUCAGAUAGACUGGAACUCCGACCUUCCUCCCAACAUCACAGUUCCAGUCGUUGAUAUACACAGCCUCAUUCUUGAUUUUUCUGCAGUCUCGUUUCUUGAUGUUUCUGCAAUGAGAGUCCUUGGAGAGACUUUGAAAGAAUUUCUCCGGAUUGAUGUGGAUGUGUAUAUUGUAGGAGCACAUGACGGCCUUCUGGAUAAACUAGACAGAUGUGGAUUUUUUGAUGAUGAAAUUAAGCCAUCCAUGUUUUUCCUUACUAUCCAUGAUGCAGUUUUAUAUAUACUGAUGAAAAAGGAUAUUGCAGAAACCUCACCAAAAUACAAAUCCAGUCUGGAAAAGGAAAGCAAAGAUCAUUUUAUAAUCAAUACAAAUGGAGGACUACGCAACCGGGAACUCAUGGGAUCACCAGAAACAAAAUUCUAAUUGUGACAGAUAUUAAAAAUGAGAAAAUAAAACACUGGAGUAUGAAACAGUUGAGAGAGAACUGACGUGUUGUCACUACAGAGAACUAUUUCCGUCUUAGAAAGCACUUUGUAAUCUUCUGUGUGUCUGCAUGUGUAUAUAUAUGUAUAACAUUAAAAUUAUGUGAAAGUUCUGAUUUUAUACAAUCCUUAUCAAUAACCAGUAUCAAAAAUUUAAAUAUGAAUGUAAUUUAUAUUCAUGUAUAUUUGUAAAUAAGUCAGUUUAUAGGUACAUUGUACAGUCAUGUAUGUACUUUGUAUUAUAUUUCAAAAUAGUUUACAUUUUGUACAAAACCUUAUAUUUUAUCUUGUAUAUACUACUUUCAUAAAGUUUUAAAAGGCCUUCAGAACUCUUAAUGCUCUAUCUUAUUAUUUUCAAAUGAAUUUACUUUUGCAUAAUACCAUAAAAAUAGCCAGUAUUCCAGGAACUAUACUAUCCUUAUUUUAAGCAGUUCAAAAUAAACUGU